AUGCAUUUCGCUUCAAUUCUCACUCUCCUCUCCGCGCUGGGCGCUGUCUCGGCAUCCCCUCGAUGGGGUGUUAGGGGACACCACUUCCGUCGCCAGGGCUCCGUCACCAAUGACACGACAAAUCCCUUUACCGGCAAGAAGCUUUAUGCCAACCCCGAUUGGGCGGAGAAACUCGAGCAAACCCAUGACGCAUUCGUAGCCAAGGGCGACAGCGAGAAUGCCGGCAAGGUCCGCACGAUUCAGAACAUCGGCACCUUUGUCUGGGUGUCCAACACCGCCAGCCUGGUCAACAUCGACACUGCCGUUGAAAGAGCCCGUGCCAUUCAAAAGGAGACAGGAGAGGAGCAAAUUGUUGGCUUGGUGUUGUACAAUCUUCCUGAUAGAGACUGCAGCGCUGGGGAGAGCGCUGGUGAGUUCAGUAGUGAGGAGAACGGAUUGGAGCUCUACAAGGAGACAUACAUCAAGCCGUAUGCCGAGAAGCUGGCUGCCGCGAGCGACUUGACAUUCGCAGUAGUACUCGAGCCUGAUUCUCUGGCAAACUUGGUUACGAACUUGGCUGUCGAGUUCUGUGCCAAGGCUGCACCGGUGUAUGAGGAGGGUAUCGCCGACGCCAUCUCCAGCUUGCAGUAUGACAAUGUCCACCUUUACAUCGAUGCUGCUCACGGAGGAUGGCUUGGAUGGGACGACAACCUCGCACCUUCGGCCAAGCUCUUCGCCAAGGUCGUCCACAAAGCCGGCAACAACACCAGAAUCCGUGGCUUCUCGACCAACGUCUCCAACUACAACCCCUUCAACGCCAACCCGCGCGCCAACUACACUGAGUGGAGCAACUCAUGGGACGAGAACCACUACGCUCUCUCCCUUGCCCCUCAUCUCGAAGCCGAGGGUCUGCCGUCUCGCUUCAUCAUUGACCAAGGCCGUGUUUCCAACAGCAGGGAGGAGUGGGGUGAGUGGUGCAACGUCAGCCCUGCAGGCUUUGGCAUGCAGCCCGGCACCCCGGUCAACAACACUCAUAUCGACUCCAUCGUCUGGGUCAAGCCCGGUGGUGAGAGCGACGGACGCUGCGGACUUGAGGGUGCUCCGAGGGCCGGAGAGUGGUUUGACGAGUACGUUCAGAUGCUCGUUGAGAACGCAGACCCCUCUAUUGUUGCAAGCAAAGUCUAG